UAUUUCAAUUUCGAAGGCAAUAUGUCCGACAAAGAACCAUCUUUUGGACUGCCAAAAAACUGGGAUAAAAUCCCAGAAGAGGAAAGAAAGCUACUUCAGAAACCUUUGAUCUUCCCAAAUAGCGAAAAAUUAUUCAGAAGAUUUACUGUUGGAGCAACGUUGGCAAUGACAUUAUACAUGGUCUUUUUUCAUGAAUACCGAUCGUCUGAUCAUUGUUUUCAGCCAAUAAGGCAGUGGGUGGCAAAACAGAAAGAAAAUUUCUUUACGUUGAACCCAGAAGAUAUGAAAUAUGUGGAAGAACAGAAGCAGAACUUGAAAAAAUGACAACAGAAUGAAUAUUAUUGAAGAUGGAUUAAUUGGAUGAUGUUUGUUGAAUCCUCGUCAAUGUUUGAGCAAGCUACCACCUUCUCCUCCGAAAGAUACAGGUUGUCUCGAAGUGCAAGUAAGAUGCUGUUUAACCUUUUGGGGCCGGUUGUUCGAAAGGCGUUUAGCUUAAACGGUGGAUAAGCAUCGAAAUAUUUCAGCUCAGUUGUUCAAUAAAUAUAUAGUUUUGCUUUCCAUUUAUCCACUGUUUAAGCUAAAUGCCUUUUGAACAACCAGCCCCAGGCCAAUUGUAACCAUCAAAAAAGUUGAGAAAAAUUGUUUAGAAUAGUUAUUAAAUGGCAAUUUCA